AUGGAUUUGAAAAAAGAAGUCGUAUACACCUACACUAGGAUGCCUCGAGGAUUGCCCGGGGGUGUGGAUAUAAGGAACCAAACUGAUGUGGAUGUGAAGAAGCCUCAAGAAUCAAGUGCUGUGGUCCUGGAGAACCUUCCCGAUGAUGUUAACCAAGAUGUUUUGACUCUUUUGGUGGAGAACAUCAGCAGACUUCCUGAGAAUGACUUUAGCAUGGAAUUAAUACCAGAAUUAAGAAAAGCUGUUGUGACCUUUAAAAAUACCAAUGCUGCAGAAAAGUUCCUUGAGGACAGCAGGACACAUGAAAAGUUCAAGAAGAAUAAUCUGAGAGCCCGUGCACUGGAGAGAAGCACAUGUGUGCGAGUGGAGGUUCUUCCAGCUGAGGCCAACAACAACAAGAUGCUGCUGGAACUGUAUUUUGAGAAAUUGGGUGGUCCAGUAGAAGAAGUUAUCACAAUUCCAGCAGAGCAAGCAGCCAUUAUUACUUUUAAAGGGGAAGAAGCCAAUGAGAGAGUUUUGAAGCAAGAGCCUAUUAUCUGUGAUGUUCCAGUCAAGAUAUAUCCCUACUUUAAAUCACUGGAUACAGUCUUGUAUGGUGGCAACAGGCCACAACUGAAGCUGCCUGAACCCAUUACAGUCAGUGUACAUUCUGCCAUCAGAGAGUUCAUCCUCAAGAAAGGACAGAUUUCCUCCAUUAAAGAUCAGAUGAGCUCACACUUCUGCCAAAUAAACAUGGACAAACCUGAAGUUUUGCUCAGUCCUGAUCCAGCAUUACUGAAACAGAAAGGAGUUACCAGAAGACACAUUGAUGGCUGGAGUAAGAAUGCAAUUGAUACCUUCAAAAAAAUCAUCUCAAACUACACAAUAUCUGAGUGGCCCGUGUCACACGCCUUGUGGUCAAAAGUGGAAAGUGAUGUUAGGAAAGCAGUGAAAGAUCAGGUAUUUAUACAUUUGGAUGACUCCAAAGGUGUGCUGACACUGACAGGUAUGACCCAUGAGAUAAAUGGAUUGAAACCCAUCAUGGAUACAUUUUUAGGAGGAGCAACAAGUAAAAUGGAGAAAGAGAAGAACAGUGUGACAGAGUAUUUGGAGAUUUCUCCUGCCAUGUACUCUCUACUUGAACAAGAUGGCCUGAAGGCUGUUUCUUCACAUCUGCACAUUGACUACAACACAAAAAUGAAUAGAUUAGUUUUAUCAGGGCUUCGUACAGAAACUCAUGCCAUCAAAAAUUGGGUUCAUGAGAAGAAAAUAAAUAUGAAACAGAAGUCCUUACAGAUUAACUCUUCAAUCCUGGAGUUCUUGAGAUCAGUGGACUGUGAUGAAAUGUCCAGAGAUCUCUUCAUAUCUCAUGGAAUAACUGCUGUCUACACAAUCGAAAAUGAAGAUGUUGUUGUGAUUGGAAGCACAGAAAGAGCACUUAAAGAGGCAGAGAAGAGGAUAAAUACAGUUCUUAUAACCAAAGACCUCACAGUAGAAGAUCAAGGUGUCCUUGAAAUGCCAGCGUGGCAGGAUCUCAUAAAACAGCUGGAAAAGUCAUUUGGUACUUUCAAAAAGAGAUCUGUGUUUGUAAACGUCUCUAAAAAAAGAGACAAAGUAACAAUGACUGGAUUCAGAGAACCAGUGAUGGAGGUCAGUGAGGACUUAGAAAGUUUCAUCAAAAAACACACUAGAAUUGAAGAAACUGUUCGUGUCAAAUCACUUGCGGUUUCAGAAUACAUAAAAGUCCGAAAAUCACAAGACUUGCAGAAUUUCGUCAAAUCUAAUGAGGUAAAAGUGAGUUUUGAUCCAAAGAGCCCCCGGAUCAAACUUUCUGGAGAGCGUGCAUUUGUCCAGCCAGCUGUGACUCUAUUUAAAAAGUUGACAGAUGGUCUCUGCACAGACACACUGAUAAUUAAAAAGGCAGGAGCAAAGAAGUACUUCAUGGAGCAGGGUAAAAUGAUGCUCUCAAUGCUGAUAAAGGAAAAAAGAUUUGUGGUGGUUCUUCAGCAAGAUGACAUGCUGGAAGAGGAGGAAGAUGAAUUUACUGAAUGUAGUUUUGAAGAUAUUGGCCAGGUCUUAUGUGAGGUUCGAAUACCAGGUGGACUAACUGUUACUGUCAGGAAGGCAGACCUUUGCAAGAUCAGUGUUGAUGCUGUGGUCAAUGCUGCUAAUGAAGAUCUGAAGCACACUGGUGGUGUAGCUUUAGCACUUCUUCAAGCUGCUGGACCAACUCUGCAGCAAUAUUGUGAUCUACACACAGAAGUAAAUGGGCCUCUGAAGCCUGGAGAUGCCUUCAUCACUGACGCUGGUCGUCUUCCCUGUAAAUAUGUGGUGCACGCUGUUGGACCUCGCUUCAGCGAAUCAGACAGACGUACCACUGUGCAACGCCUGAGACGUGCUGUGAGGGAAAGUCUGAACCAAGCUUCAAGGAAAAACUGCUCUUCCAUUGCAAUUCCAGUUAUUAGCUCAGGGAUAUUUGGUUGUCCUCUUGAUCUUUGCACUGAAUCGAUCGCCAAGGAGCUGUGUGAUUACAUUGAAUAUCAUAAACACAGAGGCUCCGAUAGCACAUUAACUGAAAUUCACUUGGUUGACAAUAAUGACAGAACUGUGAAUGCCAUGACUCAAGCUGUCAUUAAAGAGUUUGUUGCUUAUAACCCUAAAAUAACUUUCCUUAAUCAAGAUAAACUUCAUGGUUAUAGUAACUAUGUACAAGGGUAUCAUGACAAUGGUCCUGGAAACUACAACCAAAUUAACCAACAGUUUGAACGUCCCAAAAGCCAUGGAGACUUUGAAGAAAAACCGCACUCAAUGUUAAGUGUUCUUGAGACCAAAACUACACAAGAGGGACUAAAAAUCAAUCUUAGUAAAGGGAAUAUCCAGGAUGCACAUGCUGAUGUAAUUGUAAACACUAUAUCGGAGGACUUGGACCUCAGAAAAGGUGCCGUCUCCAAAGCUCUCCUACAGACUGCUGGUCAUCAGCUCCAGUCAGAAAUCACCAGAGCUUCUCACUCAAACAAUAUGAAUUAUGGAUUCAAUUAUAUUGCAAAUGUACCUGAUAUGUAG